AUGUUCAAAAGAAUUGGUUGCGUUCUUUUGUUUCUCACAUCAACACUGAUUUUUUCAUCGACUGGCUUAGGGCCCGAAGAAGAUUACUUACAUCUUUGCCAAGAAGCAAACGAAACAUUUUUCUACCCUUAUGAUUGUCACAAAUAUGUUAAAUGCACGAAUUUUCAACCAGAAAUAUUACAAUGUCCCGAUGGCGAUUAUUUUGAUCCUCAAACAUUUGCAUGUGCACCAGAAACAGUUUCAUCUGUUGUCGCAUGUAACGAACUCCAGGAAACCAUAUAUUCAUAUCGAUCACAAAAACCUAAAUCAGCUUAA